UGAUUAUACUUGUUUCCCACACACACACACACACACAAUGAUUGAUUUAACGUUUAUUGAAAGACUUAGACAACGUUUUGAAAAAGAAAUUGAAACAAAUCCAUCGUAUUACCAUGAAAUUGAUAUUAAACGUAUACGUGAAGAAGAAUGGCCAAUUAAAAGAUUUUUAAUCGCUAAUAAUGCUGAUGAAAAUAUUGCAUUCGAUUCAAUGCAACGUACAUAUCGUUGGCGAAACAAAUUCGGCAUACACGAUCGUACAGAUCAAUCAUUUCCACGAGAAUUUUGGCAAUUAUCUGGUGUAGAAAUAAUUCGAUCAAUCAAUGGACAAUUUGUGAUUAUUGAAGUUUUACGUUAUCAACGAAAAUGUAAUCAAUUACAACAAUUACAAUAUCAAUUUGUUGCACAUUGUUUAGAAAAAGUGGAUCGUAUUGCUGGUGAAAAUGGAUUCAUUGCACUUAAAGAUCUAACCAAUGCUCAACAUCAUAAUAUUAAUUUUGAUUUGAUUGAAUUUCAAAUGAUUGUAUCCGAUCAUUUUCCAUUAGGUUUACAACAAAUAUGGCUUGUAAAUUGUCCAUGGAUUAUACGGCCAUUUUUACCGAUUGUUGUUAAUUUUUUAUUUCCAAAAUUUCGUCAAUUAAUUCAUUAUUUACAAUCAAAACAAUUAUUAGAUUCAAUUGAUCGUGAACAGAUACCGAAAACAUUGGGUGGAUUACGUGAAAAUCAAUUGAUGAUAAUGGAUACAAAACCAUUGGCUUAUAUGGCUAAUGAAUUAGGUUUAAAUGAAGAAUUAGUGGAUAUUUUGUAUAAAUUUUUCAAUCUAAAUCGUCCACCACCACCACCACCAUCAUCAUCAUCAUUUGGUUUGCUCUUCAAUAUAUUCUUCUUCUUCUUCUUCUUCGUUAUCCACACAAUGGCAGCCACCAACAACAAUCAACCAACGGAAGAAUCGAUUGUAAAACUUCGUCAACGUUUUCUGGAAGAGAUUGAAAAAAAUUCAUCAUUAUAUCAUGAAAUUGAUGUGAAACGUAUCAAAGAAGAAGAAUGGGAAGUACGAAGAUUUUUACUUGAAUAUAAUGGUGAUGAAAAUGUUUCAUUCGAUGCUAUGAUUAAAUGUUAUCGAUGGAAAAAAGAAUAUGGUAUACAUGAACGAACUGAUGAUAUGUUUCCAAAAGAAUUAUGGGAACUAGCUGAUUGUGGCCGUGCUAAAGAUGGUACCUAUGUUCAAAUGGAAGCAUUUCGUUCACAAAAAACUUUUAAAGAAUUGAAUGAAUUACCUAAACAUUUUAUUGCUCAUAUGUUGGAACGUAUUGAUCGUAUGGCUGGAACACAUGGUUUCAUUAUGUUGAUCGAUGCUGGUGGUGCUGGACCAUCAAAUGUAAACAUGGAUUUGAUUAAAUUCAAGAUGACAAUUGUUGAAAAUUAUCCAAGUAGUUUGAAAAAAAUUCUUGUUGUCGAUUUACCAUGGAUACUGAAUCCUGUUAUGACAAUGAUUGUUAGUUUUUUGAAUCCUAAACUAAAAGCAAUGUUAACGUAUCAGAAAUCUAAAGAAUUGCUUACCAUAAUGGAACCACAAGAAUUGCCAACUUCAUUGGGUGGUACCAAAACGAAACCGAAUAUUCCCGAAAAUCUUAUUCCAUUAGCACAUAUGGCUGAUAAAUUAGGUUUGACAGAUAAAUUCGUUGAUUCAUUCUAUAAUCAUUUGAAGAUAAAACGUCCAGCUUGAUUUAUUUUUUAAUUUUUUUUUUUUUGCAAAAUUUAAUUGAAUUAAAAAUUUCAAUGAAAAAAAUGUUGUUG